AUGUCUGAACAUUCUCUCUGCUCCACAUCUAGCUAUGACCACGAAAAAUCACCUCUCAAUGCACCCUCUACGGGCUCUCAUAAAGUUAAAUAUCGAGGCGAUUCCAACUGGGAUUUCUUCCUCAACGCGAUGCGGAGACAGGUCGACUUAUUGUUGAUCCUACCCCACUAUCGUGCAAGAUACCAACCUAUUGAUCAUAGAAUGAAUAUGUUUGUUGGUUGUGAUGACGCUCCAGUGAAACUUAAACUGUGCCGUAAUGUUCCCUGCUCCCGAUUUUUCCUUGAAGUCCGCAGUAGAAAGUCAGACGUCACCAUAUGGCUUCCCUCGGACUUCAGAGGCCGUAUUCAGCACACGGGAAAAGCAACUUUCUCUGCCGGAUUCGUGAACCGAGUUAUGCAAAACGUUCGUUUUAACGGUGUCGUUCACCAAGACAAGAAUGAAGACCUUGUCGUUGUUGAAACCCAAGGACAUGUCACCUUUCGUAUGUGGGACGUCCAAACUGGCUCCCCUGAAUGUCUUCAGAAGGAGACGUUGAAGCGGUUCUUUGGCUGUUCGAAGAAGGCACCGGAGACUACGAUAGAUUGGGAUUUUCUUUUAGAUUGA